AUGUCUGAUGUAGUAAACUGCUUCAAUGAUUGUGCCCAGAAAUUGCUUGAACUACACCUUGCUUCUGGCUUCAGAAAGUACUUCAUUUGGUUCAAGGCCAAGCUUCAAGGAAGCCAUAUUGCCUUGAUUCAAGCAGGGAAGGACCUGGUUAACUAUGCAAUGAUUAAUGCUAUCGCAAUCAGGAAAAUACUCAAGAAAUAUGAUAAGGUUCAUUACUCCAAGCAAGGGCAAGCCUUCAGGUCACAAGCACAAAGCAUGCACAUUGAAAUCCUUCAAUCACCAUGGUUAUGUGAGCUCAUGGCAUUCCGCGUAAAUUUGAGGGAAACAAAGGCUAUAUCAGGGAAGGCCCCUGCUUUGUUUGAGGGCUGUUAUCUCACUUUCAAUGAUGGCAAACCAUUCCUGUCAUGUGAACUCUUUGAUUCUGUCAAGCUUGAUACUGACUUGACUUGCUCUAUUUCUUUAGCUGGAGUUUAUGAAGGUGCCGUGCAUUUGGAUGAGCUUAGUAUAUUGUUGAGGAGAAGCUACCGUGAAUACUGGGAGCAGCGACUUGAGAAGGAAAGAGUGGAGAGAGUUCGGCAGGCAAAGCAACACUGGGAAUCCCAGUGUCAGGCAUCCAUUGGACUCUGA